UCUUUCUGACGGAAACAUCCGGUAGUUAAAGUUGUCCAACAUGGCGAGUUGUAAAAGCAGCAAGAAGAAGACCCCGGAAGAGACUGACAAAUAUUCAGUGCUGUUGCCGACAUACAACGAGCGGGAAAAUUUACCCCUAAUCGUGUGGCUGCUGGUGAAAUAUUUUGGCGAAAGCGGCUACAACUACGAGAUUAUUGUGAUCGAUGACGGAAGCCCUGAUGGGACACUGCAGAUUGCGGAGCAGCUACAGAAAAUCUACGGAGAGGAUAAGAUUGUCCUGAGACCAAGAGCAAAGAAAUUAGGUUUAGGGACUGCGUACAUCCACGGCAUUAAGCAUGCUACUGGAAACUUCAUUAUCAUUAUGGAUGCUGAUCUGUCUCAUCACCCAAAAUUUAUUCCAGAAUUUAUUAAAAAACAGAAAGAAGGUGGAUAUGACUUAGUGUCUGGAACGAGGUAUAGAGGAGAUGGAGGUGUGUAUGGAUGGGACCUGCGCCGAAAGCUCAUUAGCCGAGGGGCGAAUUUCAUCACACAAGUGCUGCUGAGACCCGGAGCAUCAGAUUUGACAGGAAGCUUUAGGCUCUAUAAGAAAGAAGUACUGGAGCAUCUGGUGGCGCAUUGUGUGUCUAAGGGCUAUGUUUUCCAGAUGGAGAUGAUCGUUCGUGCUCGACAGCUAGGCUACACCAUCGGAGAGGUUCCAAUCUCAUUUGUGGACCGUGUCUAUGGAGAGUCCAAACUAGGAGGAAAUGAAAUUGUCUCUUUUCUGAAAGGAUUACUCACACUUUUUGCCACAACAUGACUCAAUCACUGGCUCUAUGGCCUGCUGAGUAUUGUGGCAAGUUCAUAAAACCUCCUUCUCAGCCACACUGCACUCACCUGCUGCACUUUGCCUAAUGGUUCUGGUGUAAUUAAAGAUCCCAUGUUUACAAACUGUAGCUGGCACUACAAAUUACAAUCUGGAGUGGAGUCUGAUGUUCUGCUUUGUUUUUAGUUAAUUUUGGGAAAGUUUUUUUUUUAAUUACAUAACCUGCCACAAUUUAUGGAUACGUUUGUGUUUACUUGCUUAGUCUGCUUAGUUCUGUUAAAAGCACAUGCACCCCAUACGUCUCAGAAUUGCUAUCAGGACCAAAUUUGCAUGAAUUACGCAAGAAAUUUUGUCAUAAUUGAAAUUCAAAAAGUUUUCAGAAAUCUUUUUUUUUUAAGUCCCUGUGAUGGAUGCAAAUGUUUUGUUGUAAGACGCUGAGUCAGAUGUUACAAGAGAUGUUAUAUUUUGAGCAGCAUCAGUAUGACAAGGUGAGAAGAAUGCUGAAAUAAAUGAUGUUGCUGAUAAAUAAAUAAAUAAAUUUGAAAAAUUC